GUGUUGGCCGCUCUCACGUUCCUCUCUGCUUCUACCUAAAGCCAUAUACCGAACUGAACUGAACUGUACUAAAUACUAGUAUUUCUAUAGCGUCUUUACAAGGCGUUAGCACGUGGACGUAUGAACUUGUUGUUUUGAUAGUGUUGACAAAAUGGGUAAAGCGAAAAAAGUUAAAGUAUCGAAAGGCGGCACCAAAAUAAGUCUGGCGGAUGAAAUAGAACUCGAGAAAACAAUAAAAUCCAAAAGCAGACAAAAAAUCAGACAUCGGACCGAAGAAGACGAAGAGUAUGUAGCUCCUACCUUGACAAAAAAGAUCCUGUCACAAGCUAGGAAACAGCAGCGAGAGAUUGAAGAGGAAAUUGACUUGAGCGAUCCUAAGGCUGUGAAAAAGUCAACGGUAAAACUGAGCAAUGAUUUUAGCGAUGCGGGAGAAUCUAGUGAUGAAGAGAAGGUGGAGGAUAUUCACUACUAUGAGAAUAUUGAGAUAAAUGAAGAGGAUGAACGUGCACUAGAGAUGUUCAUGUCCAAAGAUCCUGUACCCAUGAGAACAUUGGCAGACAUAAUAAUGGAGAAAUUAACAGAAAAGAAAACUGAGAUUGAGACUCAGUUUUCAGAUGCUGGUACUGUACAAUUACAGGAUUUGGACCCACGAAUCAAAGCAAUGUAUGAGGGUGUUAGGGAUGUUCUGGCAAAAUACCGUAGUGGCAAACUGCCAAAGGCUUUCAAGAUUGUACCCAGUUUAAGAAACUGGGAACAGAUAUUGUACAUCACAGAACCACCACAAUGGUCCGCUGCUGCUAUGUACCAAGCAACCAGGAUAUUUGCUUCAAAUCUGAAAGACAAGAUGGCUCAAAGAUUCUACAACUUGGUCCUGCUACCCCGAAUCAGAGAUGAUUUAGCAGAAUACAAAAGAUUGAACUUUCACCUGUACCAAGCACUAAGGAAAGCGCUUUUCAAGCCAGCUGGAUUCAUGAAGGGAAUCUUGCUGCCACUCUUAGAAUCUGGUACAUGCACACUCAGAGAGGCAGUGAUAAUCGGGUCUGUGAUCGCAAAGAACUCCAUACCGAUUCUGCACUCCUCAGCAGCCAUACUGAAAAUUGCAGAAAUGGAUUACACUGGUGCAAACAGCAUUUUUCUCAGAAUAUUUUUGGAUAAGAAAUACGCACUUCCAUACAGAGUAGUGGAUGGAGUAGUAUUUCAUUUUCUCAGAUUCGAACGAGACACGAGAGAAUUGCCGGUGCUGUGGCAUCAGGCCUUCUUGACUUUCGUACAACGAUACAAGAGUGAUAUCAGUUCCGAGCAGAAAGAGGCUCUGCUGAAUUUACUGAAGAAACAGUCGCAUCAUUCGAUCACCUCUGAAAUCAGGAGAGAGUUACAACAUGCGAAAUGCAGGGACAUAGAGAUGAUGAUGGGACCCAUCAUCAGUUUCAUGGAACCGGUGGCUAUUUAAGUUACAUUGAAUACAUCGUGUGUAUAUAAUGUAACAUGUAUAAUGUCGAAAUAUUAAAACUAUUAUGUACUGUCAUUGGUAGUGUAAUUAUACGCGCUAAUUACAAUCAGAAACUCCUUUAUCAAACAAGAUUGAAAUCUUAGCAAACUGGAUAUUCGAUUUUGGAAAACUAG